UUCCGGGUUCCUCUAGCGGACGGGAAGUGAACGUGAGCCGUGUUCAAUGUCACUUAGGUUGUCUCCCAAAGCUCUCUUCCUACAACAGUAGCUUUGCAAUUAUCUGAGCCAUUAUGUGGCCUCUGUUACUAACUGUAGCAAGGACGUAUGCUCCAUACAUUACCUUCCCAUUUGCACUUGUGGUGGGAGCAGUGGGAUAUAAUUUGGAAUGGUUUAUUCGUGGGACCCCACAAAAGACUAUAGAAGAACAGAGCAUUCUAGAGAAAAGAGAGGAAAGAGUCUUACAGGAGGCUGCAGGACGGGAUCUCACUCAAGUCACCAGUUUGAAGGAGAAAAUGGAAUUUACACCCAAAGCUGUCCUUAAUCGCAACCGACCAGAAAAAAGCUAAAAAUUUGAAACUCCUGCCAACUCUUAAUUGAGAAUUUACCCCGAUUGUAACUGAGACAU